UGCCCAUAGUGACCUCAUAUACCUCACCUACGCCCAGUGUGUGAAACAACAGGCUGCCCACAAGACAUACGGGAUUGGCUACCGUGCCACUGCGACGAUCAUGAUGGGUGAACGAACGAAUAUACCAACGCUACGAGGUCUUGAUUGCGCCGAGCCCCGGCACCUGUUGCCCAUGUUACACUUGCCCCUCAACGCUCCGGCACUUGUUCAGCAACAGCAUCCCGGUCUCACACGUACAAGUGCUUAAGGUCCUUGGUCGGCUCCCACGCCAAAUCGACGUUUUCUCAGGCUUGUUGACACCCACCCCGGAUCGUUUCAUGACAGUAAAUGCAUCCUAGCUUGAGUAGUCUCGGCAUACAUACCCUCCUCCAUUCACAGCGAGUCAUUAUGGUACUCUCUACCAGUGUUUCUUCCCCUUUUGCGAUUCUCCUUUUUGGAGUAGCGCAAUGUGUACUUGGGCAUCCUCUGGCUUCGCGAGCAGUUGACUGCGACCGCGCCGUGUUGGCCGAAACAGCCGAUGCUUACAUCGCCGCGCAGGAGGCAGGCGACGUCAGUCUGCUCGAAGGGGUCGUUGCUGAUGGUUGGGAAUACGAAGAAAACAACAAGAAGAAAGACCCCGGCCAAGGUGUGCUAAGCAAGGCGCUUACAAUCGACCACCGGCGCACCAACUUCGACCUCGUGGCAUGCGCAACUUACACCGAGGUCAUCGUCAGCGACCCAGCCAACCCCUAUGUCAUUGGAACCCAGAUCCGCCACGGGGAUGACGGCCGUGUUACGCUCAUUGACACUAUCGCCUCGACGACGAACUCGUGGCUCUUUGACGCCAAGAAGACGCUCGAGUACGUGCUGCAGGAGAAUUGGGACCCGAUCCCCGAGGACAAACGCGACGAGCGGGAUGUUAUCCAGGCCGCUGGCGAUGCCUAUCUUGACAUGUGGAGCAACGCUACCGCUUCAGAGGCCGUUCCCUGGGGCACGCCCUGCGUUCGACUCGAAGGAUCUGCAUAUACCGGGAAGGGGAGUCCCGACGACUCCUGCAAACCCGGCAUUCCUUCUAACUCCAGCCAAGCGCCCAAUACCCGCCGCCGGUAUGUCAUUGACGACGCCAUGGGAUCAGUCAGCAUCUUCUGUGUUUGGGAGCACAUGAUGAUGGCGGCGGACAGCCACGAGUUCCGCCUAGAGGGUGGGAAGCUUCGUUACGUACAUACAAUGACAGAGUGUGGGGGCCAGCGAUGUACCUUAUAAAUUUAAGCAGGAGGCGCUAGGGAUAUCGAUACCGAAAAGAAAGGAGAUGUUGUCGGUGCAAUACUAGUUGGUUUGUUAACACAACACCUUAAACAUUGGCCUACGUUUCAGUGUUGAAAACCCCUAUCUUGACACCCAACCAACGAUUUAAACCAGGGAA